GAUGGUUUUAGAAAGUAAUGAAUUUCUCACUCGAUUAAACUUAAAAGCGACGUGUAUUGAACCUGAUAUCGUAAUCCCGAUGAUAAGAGCUAAUAAAACCCGUCUUGUUGAAUUGAAUUUAAGCAGUAACAGUGAAAAAUUCACUAAAAAAGGAAAAGCGUUAAUAGAAGCUUUAGGAAAAAAUACUUCUCUUAUCACCUUAAACUUAAGCGAUAAUCCUUUUGAUUGGUCUGAUGUAAGCUUUAUUCCUUUGGAAAGUAACAAAUCUCUCGAGAAUUUAGAUUUGAGCAGUUGUAAUCUUACUCCUAAAACGGUAGAAAGAUUGAGAAAAUUCUUAAUAACUUCAAAGAAUCUUAAAUCGUUAAAUUUUAGUUCAAAUAAUCUCGCUUUCCAAGAACGCAUAAUUUCAGAAAUCUUGGCAAAAAAUAAAUCUCUUCGAAUUUUAAAUUUGAGUUCAAAUAAGAUAAGUUCGUAUAGGUAUAGAUACAACAUGGUCCGUGCUCUAAAAUUAAAUAAUUUAGCGGAAGCGAUAAAGAAAAAUAAAACUCUUAGGAAGUUGGAUUUAA